CACAUACCAAAAAUGUCCCACUCUUGUCAAAACACUAAAAAGAAUAUUAAAAAGAUGACAAGGUGAUGAAAGCAAUAUCCAUUAACUUUACAUUAAUCAAAAAAAAAAAAACAUAAAAAAUCCACCAAGGCAAGCUCCUAGAAGCUUCCAAAUUCCAAUAACAACCACCAUCACCACCACCACCAAUUAUUCCCCUUGUUUCUUGUUUUUCUUUAACCCUACAUUUCCACCACCACCACCUACCCCUAUAUUUCCCCCACCCUAUAUCACCCCACACCCCCCCCCCCCUCCCCAUCUCCGUUUUCUGAUUAUUCAUCCUCUCAUCGGAAAACAAUCAUGGCGGAGGAACACAAAUGUCAACAACCAUCCACCCACGUCCUCUGCGCCAACAACUGCGGCUUCUUCGGCAGCCCCACCACCCUCAACCUCUGCUCCAAGUGCUACAAAGAUCAUUGCCUCAAAGACCACCACAUCUCCACCGCCAAAAUCGCCCUCACGCGCCAACCUGAAUCAUCGUCUUCCUCACGCGCCGCCGUAGCCGACGCUGCCGGAGUACCAAAUCUCGUUUCUCCGGAUCAGUCGUUACCCAAUCUGACUACCCCCGAUCUGACGGUUCCGACGGUUCUGGUCACGGAUGCUAAACCGGAGCAGCGGAACCGGUGUGGGUGUUGCCGGAAGCGCGUGGGGCUGACGGGCUUUACGUGCAAGUGUGGGAUGGUUUUUUGUGGGACCCAUAGGUACCCUGAAAAGCAUGAGUGUUCGUUUGAUUUUAAGACGGUGGGGAAAGAGGCGAUUGCGAGGGAGAAUCCGGUGGUGAAGGGGGUGAAGUUGGAGAAGAUUUGAGACGAUCGGAGCCGUUGGAUCGUUGGAUGAAGGUGGUGAUCGGACGGUUGGUUUGGUCUAGAUUGGGUGGGGCUUUGAUUGGUGUAAAUCGGGUCGGGGCUCUGUUUUUUAAGUCUGAAGCAUGUGAAAAGUUUGAAUUAAUGUGUAGUUUGUGUGUACUUAGUUUGUCGAUUUUUUUUGUUAUAAAAAACAAAAGGAAUGAUAAUGCCCUCUUGUUUCGAAAAAAUAUUUAUCACUAUUUCUGUAAUUGUGUUUUGAA